AUGGACGCCCGGUCGAGGGCGACGACGACGACAGCGGCCAAGACGACCAACCAGCGCUGCGAUCGCAUCGCGGAGCUCGAGGCCCAAGUCGCGCGCUAUCAGAUGCAAGAAGCCAAGGAGCGACGCGCGUUCAGCCUCAUCCAAGACGUGCUCGAGCAUGACGACCUGUACAUGAUGAUGGACGUCUUCUUUGCCUUUGUCGAAGGUCUCUUUUCGCACGACCCGCACCACCAAUGCGCCGUCUUCCUCCUUGACGCGGGGUCGGACUCGAUGGCGAAGAUUGUGCCCAAGCUUAGCGCGGUCGAGGCCGUCCCGACCACCUGUAGCCUCGCAGCCGAGGUCGCAGCGUCGGGUACGACGUUCAUGGGGCGAUCGCUGCCGACGUCGUACAAUCCCGCGGUUGACCUCGAGCGCGUUGCCCCGUCCAACACACUCCUCUGCUUUGCGUUGCUCGACAGCAGCGGCGAGACGUUUGCGGUCAUUGAAGCGUCGUCGGCGUCGCCCGAUAGCCUCUGCGCGUACGACCUCGGGCUGCUCCAGCGCCUCGGGCCAAUCUUGAGCAACGCGAUGCGGAAAGCGAUCGAGCUUCACGACAUUGUGCUCUCGCAGCGGACCCAAGCCGCGCUCCUCCACAUUGUGAGCUCGUCUUCAAACGAAGAAACAAUCCUCAAGCUCGUCCAACGCGUCAUCAAAGGCGCCAACCACAUCGUGCAUUGCGAAAGCGUCACGCUCUUCCUCCUUGACUGGCCGCGCAACGAGCUCUGGUCGCUCUCGUCGUCGUUCCGGCGGUCGAACCUCCGCUUCUCGAUCGACGGCUGCCUCCUCGGCGCCGCCGCGCUCUCGAGCAACAUCCUCAACGUCAAGCACGCGCCAAGCGACCCGCGCUUUGACAUGAGCGUCGACGACCGCUUUGGCGGCACCAAGACGGCGCUCUACGUGCCGAUCGGCGUCCACCAGAUGAACGACGUCCAGCCCAUCGCAGUCCUCGAGUGCAUCAACAAGGUCGGCGGGCACAAGACCGAGUUUGCCGAAUUUACCUACGAAGACGAGUGCGCGUUCGAGGCGUUUGCGUCCGAAGUCGCCGUCAUUCUGCGCCGCCGGUCCCAAGAGACCGACUACCUCAAGCUACUGGCCGACACAAAGUCCGAGUCGCUUUGGGCCGAGCGCGCGCAAUCCCAAGUUAACUUGCUCGAGGCGUUCACGUCCAAGCCGUGCACGCUCCAAUCGCACCUCGCCGACCGCUUGAGCGACUCGUUCUUUAGCGCCGACUCGCUGAGUCCGCUGCCGCUCGAGACACCGCCGCGUCCGCCCACUGCGCUCUUCAAGACCAAGUCGGUCGACGUCCCCAUGGUACCGCGCUGGAGCCUCAACGUCUUUACGACCGAGCUCGAGACGCUCCUCUCGUACACGCAACACAUGCUAUUGGACCCGGUCAUGGCCCUGCCCAACCUCGACCCGGACAUUGUCCAGAAUUUCAUCCAGUCGGUCCAAGACCACUACCACCCGAACCCGUUCCACAACUUUCUGCACGGGUUCUCGGUGCUCCACACGUCGUACUGCAUCCUCAAGGAGACGCAAGCGGUCACUGUGCUCACGCCGCCGGACCGGUUUGGCUGUCUCCUUGCUGCGCUCUGCCACGACAUCGACCACCCGGGGCACUCGAACGUCUUCGAAGUCAAUUCGAAGAGCGGUCUCGCGCUCUUGCACAACGACGACGCAGUGCUCGAGCGCCACCACGCGGCGACAACGUUCCGGCUGCUCCAGAACGAGCACGUCAACCUCCUCGCCAGUCUCACCCCGGACGAGUACCGGUACACGCGCAAGGUCAUUGUGCGCGCGAUCAUUGGCACCGACAUGGCGCGGCAUUUUGAGCACAUUGAGGCGCUCGAGAAGCGCUGGGCGCCGUAUGCGCGCACGACCGACCCGCUCUUGGACGACAAGCGGGCGGCGCUCGCGGGCUUUGCCAAGUCGGGCGACGACCGCAUCUUCCUCGUGCAAACGAUUGUGCAUGCGAGCGACCUCGGAGCCCAAGUGUUUCCGACGCCGAUCGCGCUCAAGUGGAGCAACAUGAUUGCAAAGGAGUUUGCGUACCAAGCGCUCAUGGAGACCGCCGAGGGAUUGCCCGUGACGCAUUUGCACGUCGACGACCCGCUGCACAUGGUCGAGAGCCAGCAUUUCUUCGCCGCGCGGCUCGUGCAGCCGCUUUGGAGCUGCCUCGUGCGCUUCUUGCCCAAGCUCGACCACCGCCUGGUCAACUUGCAGAAGAACAUUGCGCACUACGAACAAGAGAUUCGCCGGCUCAAGCAGCUCUCGCCGCACUCGCCGCGCAAGCGCAGCCGCCCCAACAUUGCGCACAACGAAGGCCAAGCGAUUCCUGGCACGACGCGCUGUACGCCGGCCAAGUUUAACUCGUUCCGGCUCUGCCCCGGUGACCUCAAGUCGCAGCUGAGCUUCUCGAGCCUCAUCUCGGACUUUUCCAGCACGAGUCUCGACACCAACGACGACAUGAAUGCGAUCGACGACGACGACGACGACGACGACGACGUGUAG